AUGAGUUCACGCCGGCGUAAUGGCCAGGCUGCAUCCUGUGAACCCUGUCGGAAAGAUAAAGUGCGCUGCGAUCAUGAAACCCCAAGCUGUGGACGGUGCCAGAAACGCAACAUAACUAGUCGUUGUUUUUACCAUCCAGCCCCGCUGACACGAGAAAUGGACUCGCCGACUCCUCAAUCCAGGUCACAGCAAAUCCGGCGUCCUGCAAAAGAACGCAGUCGGAGGGAGAGCCUAAGGCCGCCUUCGUCUACGCCAUCGUCAGUUGAGAUUAGCAUUCGGAGUCCAGAAACGGACCAAUCUCUUCCACCGGGCUACUUCGGCCCUACGAGCUUUGUAUCAGCCUUUUCUGGUGACUCGGGGUGUAAAUUACUACCCUCAAAUGAUGAGACGCAGGUGCCAGGAAAUAGCCACUCGAUGUUACCCUCGUACUGGGUGCCUGAGAUGACCAAGCUGUUGGGUAUACUGAGUGAAGUUUCCACAAUUGAACAGUUAGUGCAUGGUUUCUAUGGCGCAAGUCAAUCCGCUAUUCUUCCCAAUCUUCUCACCUUCGACCUCGUGACCGAAAUGCGAGGUAUACUGGAAAAGGACGAGACUCCGCAGACUAUAUACAAGAAGACCACUCAGAUUCUGGAGAGCACUGCCCAAAACUUCCAAAUGCCCCCUGAUAUCAAAGGAAAGGACUUUCACAGGCUAUUUAGAGGCACGAAAAUGCGCCUAGAGAUCAUAGGUCUAGUAUAUGCUAUUGCUGGACGGUCCUGCAUUUUUGGGCUCGCCCACGAUAGGUUUCCAGGGCACGCCGAGGCCGCAUCUGCAGCACGUUUUCAGUUUGCACGAAGGAUGUUGACGGCGAGCAAUAAUGCCAUACAUGUGUGCAAAUUAUUGACCCCGGUGAAUGAUAUGACUAGUUGGCUUCUGCAUGAAAAUAUGCUGCUGUCUUGUAUGCUGCAUGGGGACUCCAGUUCUCCAACUUGGCAUAGGCUAGGAGAGUUAUCUAGCUGCAUCUUCGAAGUGGGCUUGCAUCGUGACUGCCACAAGACAGAAAAUAUUCCCACGUUCCUGCGCGAGAUACGGCGGAGGCUAUUUGCUGCCUUUUACCAUUCAGACAAGAAUAUGGCAACCUUUUUUGGACGUCCACCGCACGUAUCCUGGCGAUAUUGCGACUGCAAGCCCCCUCUCGAUAUCAGUGAAGACGCCAUAGUGGGUGACGAUCAAGACCUCGAGCGAGCUAUGGAAGAGUUAGAUAACGAUGGCUGGAAUGUCCAUCCUACCUUCCGUCGAACCUCCUGGUAUCGAGUUCGAUAUAUAAUUGCACCAUUCCGAGAGGAGAUAUUAGAGCUGUCUCUCCGACCCGUAUACUCUGAAGCUGCAGAAAGAUUAAAGGAUAUUUCCUUUCGUUGUACGCAAGCUUGGAACUCGAUACCAGAGCAUCUGCGUUACUCAGCCAGCGACUGGAAGAGUAGCCACCCCGUCGGAGUUCGCGUUAUGCUGAUUGCAUCACACCUGCUGUACCUGUAUAACCAUUUCCUCAUACAAAGGCUCCUCACACAGCAUGACCCAUCCGCCGAAACGGAAUUACUCGAAGUUAGCUCGAAGAUUCUCUCUGCCGUCUUGAUUCUCGGCAGGCAACAAGAGUCUAUGAUCGAUAUCCAACGCGACUUCAACUCUAUGAUUGUACUGUGCGGAUUUCCAAGCGCUAGUACAUUAAUAAAGGCUCUCCAGACCCAAGUCCGAACCGGCCAUCCAGUGCCCUAUACCGGAUCUAGGGCAGAGCUCAUCCGAAACCUCAGCGUCUUCAUCUCGCAUAUCGAUGCGAUGGCUCGACCGCUGACAUUCAACAUCAACCACACGCUAUUCGAACGUGCAAGUAAAGUGUUCACGAAUAUCCUAGAUGAAGUCCUAGAAUCUCGUCUACCGGUCUCAUCUGCCGCUACGGGUGCUGCUGAGAUUGAAGCGGGGAUGAGAACCUCAGCAGUAUUCGAGGAAGACUGGAGCAGUUCCUGGACUGCAGAAGGGAUGGAGUUUCUGGAUACCCUGGAGUUUGGCGCAGUUUUUGAUCAAUGGGUGUUUUGA